AUGAAGGGAGCCAAAUGUGUGAUUUUUGUCGCAGAUCUUGCAACGGCGGCAGUCCUGAAUGGGCAUCACCGUCGCCACGACUCUCAUCAUGAUCACGCUCUUCAUUAUUACAGCCUCCACAGGCACCCGCCAUUCCACAUCGCGAAGAUUGAGAAUAUAAACAGAAAAACUACCCAAAUACAUCCCACUUCUCUUGAUUCUGCUGAUGAUGCUAACAUGGGUUAUACAGACAGUGCGUACCAUAUAGCGGGUAACCUUACGACCCUCCCGUCCUCCCAAACGUCGACUACCGAUACGAAUCUGUUAGGUAUCAGCGGCGAGGACCAAUACGGUAUGUCGUAUACCCCAUACACUCAGGAUGGAGGUUGUAAAAGUAAGCGCGAAGUGUUGGCGGACCUAAACGUGAUCACGAAUAAAGGUGCGCUUUCACAUAUCGGCGAGGCGUGUAAGAACGAUGGUUGCCAUAUAAUUUUAGGGAUUUACAUUGACCAAACAGGGAUCGCUGCCGCUGAGAAGCAAGUUCAGGAAAUCGCAUACUGGGCGAAGUGGGACCUGGUUGACCUGAUUGUCGUGGGAAAUGAGGCCGUUCACAACCGUUUCUGUGAUGCGCCGGCGCUAGCGGCAUUUAUUAGAAGUACCAAAGCGACUUUAAAGGCCCACGGGUACAACGGAAAGGUGACAACUGCCGAACCGGUCAACGUGUGGCAGAUGUAUGGGGCCUCCCAUCUCUGCGCCGAGGUCGACCUAGUCGGAGCAAACAUCCAUCCGUAUUUUAAUCCCACAGUGGAAGCUGCUAAGGCGGGAGAGUUUGUUGUAUCUCAGAUCGACGAACUUAGCAGGAUCUGCAUGGACCAAGAGGUGAUAAACCUAGAGACUGGCUGGCCAAACGCCGGCGUGGCCAACGGCGCCGCGGUUCCUGGAGAAGAAGAGCAGGUUACUGCGAUAAGGGCUAUUGCCAAGGCCGCAGGCGCACGUUGUGUCUUCUUCUCGUAUGCUAAUAAUCUUUGGAAGUCGCCGGGCGACUUCGACGUGGAGCAACACUGGGGAUGUGGUGACGUCUUCUAA